GGCGGCGGCCGCUGUGUGGCGGAACCGGCCCCUCCCCCGCGGGCGGCGCCAUUUUCCCCCCCUGGCAGCCCUGCGCCGGAGAGCGGCUGCUGCGGCGGCUGCUGCUGCUGGGGGGGGGGGGGGGGAAGAGAUAUUAGCCCCACUUUUCGCCCCACUCUUUUCUCUCCUUGGUUCAUGCAGUGCCUAGAGGGGAAGGGACGAGGUUCAGUUCCUGCCCCUCGCUUUCCUGUUUCGGACAGCAGCACACGGGGGGGGGACUGGGCACCACCAAGCCAGGCUGCUCCUACCUUCCUUCCUUCUCCCCCCCCCCCCCGCACACCUCAGCCUCCUCCUCCUCCAUCCAACCAUCCAUCCAUCCAUCCAUCCAUCCCCGGGGGUGAGCCUUUGAAUGAGCAGCACGGUGGCUAGCCCGAUGUCAACGGUCGCCUCUUCAAGCACUGGAAGAGGGACAGGAAAAUCGACAAGCUUUACACCUGAAUUGCAAAGUAUGAUGUUUUCCUUAGGAGAUGCUCGCAGGCCGCUCCACGAGUCUGCAAUAUUGGUGGAAGAUAUUGUCCACACUCAGCUGAUAAAUCUGUUACAGCAAGCAGCCGAAGUUUCUCAGCUGAGAGGAGCUCGAGUCAUCUCUGCUGAAGAUCUCCUCUUCCUAAUGCGCAAAGAUAAGAAAAAGCUUAGAAGGCUACUGAAGUACAUGUUUUUUCGAGACUACAAAUCUAAAAUUGUCAAAGGCAUAGAAGAAGAUGACAUCAUUGAAGACAAAUUCAACAGCAACAGCACCAACAAACGGCAGAAGCUUGCUCAAGACUUUCUCAACUCCAUUGACCAGACUGGAGAGCUCUUAGCCAUGUUUGAAGAUGAUGAGAUUGAUGAUGUUAAGCAAGAGCGGAUGGAGAGAGCAGAAAGGCAAACACGAAUGAUGGACUCAGCCCAGUAUGCAGAAUUUUGUGAAAGUCGGCAAUUGAGUUUUUCAAAGAAAGCAUCCAAGUUUCGUGACUGGUUGGAUUGUAGCAGUAUGGAAAUAAAGCCAAAUGCAGUUGCAAUGGAGAUUUUGGCGUACUUAGCAUAUGAGACUGUGGCACAGUUGGUGGACAUGGCCCUUCUGGUUAAACAGGACAUGGCUCCUAAGGCUGGUGACCCCUUCAGUCAUGCCAUAUCUGCCACUUUCAUACAAUAUCACAAUUCAACUGAGCCACAUCUCUUAGGGCAGGCUACAAGUGUGAAGACCAGUCUUGACUCUCCUGAAAAUACACCACCGCCUACGCCUACCCCCCCAGCUCCAGCAGGACAGCAACAUCUUGGGAAAACACCAUCAGGAGCCCUGGGGAAUGGAGGAAUAGGACAGGACUCUACCAAAUCCAAACAAAGGAAAAGAAAAAAGAGCACUGCAGCCUGUGGUAUAGAGGCUCAAAGCGAUGCCAUCCAGCCCAGCCACAUCAGAGAGGCCAUUCGACGCUAUGGCCACAAGAUUGGCCCCCUUUCCCCAUUCACAAGUGCCUACCGCAGAAACGGGAUGACUUUUCUCGCCUGCUAAUGUGGAUGUGGCUACAGCAACAGGAAAGACAGUGUUAUAUUAAGGUGAUUUUCUUUUCCCCUCCAUGGAAGGAAAAAAAUACAAGCUCCAAUGUCUCCGUG